AUGGCGUUCUCAAGAUAUUUCCUCUUCAGCAUAUCAGUCAGCAUCUUGCUUCUGUUAUCUUGUCAUGUUGAAGCAGCUCCGAACGCUGCUCUAGUCACAAGCCUCCCUGGAUUUAAUGGUGCUUUCCCAUCAAAACAUUACUCAGGGUAUGUGACCAUCGAUUCGAAUCCUCAGAAGAACCUCUUUUACUACUUUGUAGUAUCAGAAGGAAAUCCGUCAAAGGACCCUCUUGUCUUAUGGCUCAACGGUGGACCUGGUUGCUCUGGCUUUGAUGGAUUUGUCUACGAACAUGGACCAUUCAAUUUUGAAGCACCAAAGAGUCAAGGGGAGUUGCCCAUUUUGCAUCUCAAUCCAUAUAGUUGGUCUAAGGUCUCAAACAUCAUCUAUCUGGAUUCUCCAUCAGGCGUUGGGUUUUCAUACCCAAAUCUUACCACUGGAGAUUUUCAAACAGCCUCUGAUACUCAUGCUUUUCUCCUCAAGUGGCUUGAGCAAUAUCCAGAGUUUCAAGCAAAUCCAUUUUAUAUGAGUGGGGAGUCUUAUGCUGGUGUUUAUAUACCAACUCUUGCAACUGAAGUGGAUAAAGGAAUCAAAGCUGGUGUUACACCGAGAAUCAAUUUCAAGGGUUAUCUGGUAGGAAAUGGAGUUUGUGAUCCUAAAUUUGAUGUAAACAAUGGUUAUGUUGCAUUUGUACAUGGAAUGGGCCUCAUCCCUGACAGUCUUUUCAAGGAAGCUGAAGCUGCUUGCAAGGGGGACUACGAUCACCAAGACCCUCCUUGCAAAGAAAAAGUCUCACAAAUCGACAACCUGGUGAGCGGGUUGAAUGUAUAUGACAUACUGGAACCAUGCUAUCACAAAACAACGUCCACAAAGAACACAAGCUUGCCAAAAAGCUUUCAAGAAUUGGGAAAAACUGAUAAGCCUCUGCCGGUGAGAAAGAGGAUGUUUGGUCGUGCAUGGCCUUAUCGAGCUCCCGUGAGCGAUGGGAUUGUUCCAUCAUGGCCACAAUUAACUCAAUCUCUUCAAGCCCAAGGAAUUUCCGUUCCAUGCACGAAUGAUGAAGUAGCAACUGCAUGGCUGAACACUGAAGCAGUGAGGAAGGCCAUUCAUGCUAGUCCGGAGAGUGGAAGUUGGAGCCUGUGCAAUUACCUUGCAUAUAAUCAUGAUGCAGGAAGCAUGAUUCCCUACCACAAAAAUCUUACAUCUGCUGGAUACCCUGCUCUCAUUUAUAGUGGGGAUCAUGAUAUGUGUAUCCCAUUCACUGCUACUGAAGCAUGGACUGCCUCCCUUGGGUAUCCAGUCGUGGACCAAUGGAGGCCUUGGCUAUCUAACGAUCAAGUUGCUGGGUAUCUAGUAGAAUAUGCCCAUAAUCUGACUUUUCUCACAGUAAAGGGGUCUGGACACACUGUACCAGAGUACAAGCCACAGGAGGCAUUGAACUUCUACACCCGUUGGCUGCAAGGACAAAAGAUAUGA